UGCUGGUAAGAGGUAACAGGCUAACAGCCAGCUCAUAAGUUCUUAACCAAUUACCCGCACCCGCAGUAUUGUUCGCAACUCGCCAUUUUCUUCAUCAAACGCCUUCCUCUCCCCAGCUCGCCUUCCCACUGUCAAUGGUUCGCAAGCGAUUUCAAGAAGCCAAAACAGGGAUUCAAUGGGUUAAGUCGCUCGAUGCGGAGAUGGUCUUGAAAAAGAUCGGGCUGGGAAAGGAAGACCAUUACUUCUGGAAGCAAGUGGGCAAGGCCUUGCUGUGCACAUACGCGCUGUUCGGCGUUGCUUGGGUGUACAACGAGACGUCGCCGCUGGGUUGGUGGACGCUGAAGCCGCGGCCCAAGGAGGAGAGGGAGCUGGCCCACCUGUACGAGCGCCGGAAGUUCCCGUACCCGGGCGACGAGGAGGCAAUGGAGGAGUUCGUCUCCAAGGGCGGCAUGAUCGGUACGACGAUUGGCCCCAAAGGGAUCGUGGAAACGGACAGAGACUCGUACAACUACCAGAAGGAGUUGCAGGACAAGAAGGUCGAGCAAGAGGCUUUGAAGCUGUGGUUUCGGAUGAGGAAUGAAGUCAUCUCGGAGCUUCAGGAGAAAGGCUUUGAUGUGGAGUAAUGCUUGAGGUCACAGGCAGAACCCAUCUUGCAUGAAUAUUCUCUCUUUUAUGCGAAGUGAUAAAUAAGUCCAUCUAUUUUGGUCCAAAUAUUAAAUCGGUUACUGUAGUUUAAAAUUAAUUAAAUUAGAAACUGUAUUUUUUAAUUUAAGAUCGAAUUAUUCAUUAUA